CCGUAUGUCGCCGGCGGCAGGGAGAAUGAUCGGUCUAUAUUUUUAAUUUUCACUGCCACCGUAAGCUCGUCUCUAUCAAUUCCGUGUACGCUCAUAUGAACAAUACUGCAUUUGGACUAUCCAUUACGUCUUCCGCCUGCAUUGCGGCGCCUGACCGCGCGAAAAACUGAUUUUGUUCGUCGCGGCUUUGACGUGCUUUCGUGACAGCUGUGCUCACAAGUUGUCGAGUGUUUGCGGUUGCUUCGUGGACUGCAGUGCGCACCCAUGCUGCAUCUACGCGUACUGUUUGAGCACGUUGAGCCAACCUCGGCAAGAUGUGACACAGCCGAGCGUCUGCUUUAAGCAUGGAAGACAUAUUCCACAAACUUGUAAAGGAAGCUUCACAUCAGAAGCACCCCGCUUUACGUCAAGCAUGUCAGGAAGCUCAAGAGGCCUUGGCAAACAAGUACGCUUUGUUGAGGAAUCCGCCAUAUGAAGUCAGACAAAAAUGCUUUGACGCUUUGCAACUGGCGCUGGAAUCCAAAGAAAAGAAGCUUGUUUCCCUGUCCUUUAGUGGCUUACAGCAACUGCUUCGAGAGCAGCUCUUCAACCCAAACCUGGAAUGUGAUGACGAACAGCUGUGGCUGCCGUCUCAGUUGAUGCGAGCAAUCUCAUCUCUAGCUUCUCACACGGAGGAAGCACAAGUCGAAGGCUUGAAAGUCAUCCUACAGUGCUGCUGCCUUCAGAACUGGUGCCUCUCGCAAAAUGCAGUCUUCUCGAUCGUCACGCUAUGCCUGGACAUCUACAACCACGGCUCUGCUGGAACCAAGUCUGCUGCUGUGGCUUCGGCCAGCCAGAGUGUGCAGGGCUACGUCUCCUUCCUCUUUGAGUCUGCCGCAGAUGAUGCAGCAGACGAGGAGGAGAGGAAAAGUGUGGACGAAGGAUGCGAUCCCUAUAACGAAGGCCAUAUUUCUCCAUUUGAUGAAGUCGUGCCUCUGUUCCUCUUCCUCUGUGAAAAGCUGAAGGAAGACAAACGGAAUGGUGCCAGCUCAACGGCUCCACUGCUGCUGCACUGUAUUCAGACAGGUCUGAACUCUCUGAGAGGACAAGCCAGGAAAAGUCAGCCUUUUCUAGACUUUGUUUGGCAGCAGCUAUGCCCAAGGCUAGUGGGCUGCCUUGGCUCGCCACUGAAGGACAAGAACAUAGUGUCGGCGCAACGUUUUGAGAAAGGUGAAAUGGGCAGGGGAUCAGGCUGCCUCACAACUGCUCCCUCAUACCACGCUGAAGAGGCAAGGCUUGUCUAUGGCAUUGCCCUGGAGUUGGUGACCAUCGUGGGUGAGGUUGGAGCCCUGCGACCUGUGUUGGGGUCUCUGUUUCACCGGAUGUUGCUUUACCCUUUGCCCCAGCACUGUCUCGAGCCACUCAAGUUUGUCAAGCAGAUGCUGAACAACCCGGAGCAGUUGCUACAGUUUGCUGGGCCUCCUUUGUGGGAAGACACCAAAAACCCACGAUUGAGCAGCCUAGACCUGCUAAAAAUUGUUGUUGAUGGGCUUGGAGAGUGCUGCCACAGCAAUGAACCCAGUGUCUGCUACAUCAGCGUUGAAUGUGUGGUGGCGCUGCUGUCGAGUUUGGAAACCCUGGUUUCAGGCUCCAAAAUCUCGGACCAAAUGGCAGAACGCCUGAACUCCACAUUCCUGACAUUGCAGAGUGCAGAUUAUGUUGGUGCAUCAUUCCUGUACGAAAAGUCAGCUCGAGGUGGCAUUCGAAACGGUUGGCAACAGACGCACAUCAAAAGUGGAGAAACUGAAACUGCACCUGUGGUUGAAGAAGCACAAAUUUUGCACCAGACCAGCAUUAGCCGAAGCUCUGAUGUCCACUUGGAAGAUAUCCAGGGUUCACCGAAGCACUCACUCGUUAAUGAAGCUCUUGAAGUGUCAGAAGCAUAUGGUGUGGAGCCUCCUGAGCAGCUGCCCGUUGAAUGCAAAGGUAUCGAUGAAAUGAAAGAAGAGAAUCUUGAUCCUGGGACUCGUCUACCAGAACCAGGGGCAGGAGAUGCUAGGGAGCAUGUAGCAGUCACUCCAGAAGAGAGUAGUUUGCCAGAUGAGGAGCUUCAAAGUGGCAGCUUUAUGGAGUACAGCCAAGGUGAUGAAGCGUCAGAGUUUGCAGAUGAAAGCCUUUAUGACACUGACUUGGCUGAGAAACCAUUGGAAGAAAAAAUGGACAUCUCAGCUGAAGCAAGAACUUCUGUAAUGGAGAGAGCAGCAAAGACCUUGAUGAAAGAUGUCAACGAAAGCGAGCGGAACCGGCUGGAGAAGUUCUUCGAAUCUAACAACGAGUUUGCGGAGCGAGAGCGCAAGACAUCCAGGGAUUUUGUCAAUCACUUGGCCUCCUUUCUGCCGCGACUUCUGCACGUUCUCAGCUCCAUUGAGGCUGACCAGGAGCUGCAGCAGUUUGCCAGUGACUACGCAGAAGCCCUCUGGCAACAACAGCAGCAACAACACACUGGCACUGAACUCGAGAGCACGCCACAGCAUAUCACAAUUGUUAAUGCUGAUGGCAUCUACCUGGCAACCUAUUCAGCCCUCCUGUUGGACCUAAAACUCAUUCAUAGCGGAUACCGCAAGAAGCUCACUAGGGAAGUGCCAUUGACAGAGGAAAAGUUUGUGGACGAGGUGCAUGGAAGUGGCGUGCUGGUCUAUCUCUCAGCAACAUGGCUGUCGGAGCUGUACCAGCAAGUGCUUUCUAGAAGCUUGCUGUGUGAAGCUGGAUAUGAACCUGAUUCCAAGACAAACCUUGCACUCAUCAACUUGCUCACAGAUGUAGAUGGCCUGGGAAGUGAUCAGUUAGGUUCACGUCAACUCUCUGAUUAUCGAAGACUUGAGAGGGCUGCCACCAAUGUGGUGUUUACACCUCACAUGCUGGCUGGCAUGAAGUUUGCUCGCCACGUGCUGACUGCCUGCUGGGACACUAUGCUGGAGGUUCUGUCGGUGCUCCUUAAUGGCACCAACUCCUGUGGCAUUGCAAGCUCCUUGGGCCUCUUGCUGGGCACAGAUGGUGCCAAGGAAGACCAUCGCAAGGCCCGGGAGGCUGUGGCCAACUGCCUUGAUGGGCUGCAGUGUGCUGCCAAGCUCUGCAACGUCCUUGGCCUGCAGACGAAAUGUGGGGCCAUCUUUGCCCAGCUGGCAGCGGCAUCGUGUCCGGUUUUGGACCCCAGUGGGGCUGUUGCAGGCCACUCGCGUAGGUCGGCUUCCAGGAAGGACCGUCUCCGCAAGACAAUGCUCUCUAGCCGCAGCAAGUCUGUGCGGCUGCAUGCAUCGCAUGUUCUCAGUAUGGAUGUCCUGCUCAGCCGGGGCCUUGAACUGGGAAGUCACAGCGCUGUGUGCUGGAAGCACGUGUUCAGGUGCUGCAGCUACAUAUUGGAGCUGGAACAGAGCUGCUUCCAGGUUAAGCCAACCUCUUCAUCACCUUCGGGGUCUUCUCACCUGAAGCUGCAGCUCUCCUCCUUCUCGUGGGGUGAAAAGGUUCAACAGGCACUGAGCCCAAAGCCCCAGCCUUCCUCUGACUGUCUGCUGCUUCAGCCACCAUCUGAGCAGUUUGAGGAGGAAAUGGCAGUGGAAGCCCUGUCAAUGCCUGGUGUUGGUCAUGCGGGCAACGCCAAUGUCGGGGACCUGGUGAAGAAUGCCACCCAAGCCACUGGCUCCUCCAUCCUCGUGGGCAAGCAGCUGCAACCAUUAAUAGAAGCACUCUCGCAGCUGGUCGACAGGCUUUUUGAUGAGGCAGCUGGCAAGCUGAACCUCUGUGCUUUGGUCGACUUCCUGUCGGAGCUCUGUGCUGCCAGCCGGAACCAGCUGUUCAACCAUGGCGCCCCGAUCAGCGCUCGCCACCCUGUGCUGCUGCUGAACAGACUGAGCGAGGUUAUGCUUCGAUGUUCCCGUGGCGGUCGACCACUAGUGCACAUCAUGAAGGCCUGGAGUGUCGUGGCUCCUCACUUUGUAGAAGUGGCUUGUCACAAGGACCACGUGAUUGCCAAGAGGGCAGUGGCUUCAAUCCAUGACAUUGUGGGUGCCCUGUUGUCGACACACAUUGAUCUCCCUCACUUCCACUUCAAUGAGGCGCUGUUCAAGCCUUUUGAGAACAUUCUCUGCCUGGAGCUCUGUGACGUUGACAUUCAGGAACAGAUUGUGAGCUGCAUCUGUGAGUUUGUCGAAGGAUCAACUGCAGAGAUUCGCUCUGGUUGGCGGCCACUGUUUGGUGCUCUGCGGGCUGUGCGUAUGCCAUGUGCUGUAGCAGGACCCCACAGUCAACAUGGCAGCUCCACCAGUAGUGCCAUAUCAGAAAGAGAACAGCUGGAAAGAACUCAUCACCUGCGAGUAGUUCUUGACGUGUUUGAUGCCUUCCUUGGCACGGACAAUCCAAGUGUCUUUGCUAAUGCUGCUGUGGACUGCCUCCUCUGUCUUCUGAAGCAUGUCCGAGGACCAGCUGAGUUGCAAGACCAGGCUGACCCUGAGGCAUGCCUUGCUCAAGACGUGGAGGUGAUCCCACUCAACUUGUGCCAAGCUGCCCUGCGCUACCUGGAGAGGUGUGCCCAGAUGCUCUCCUCGAUGUACCUGAUGCCGGCAUGUCCCGUCUUCCACUCAGCUCGCAGGAUCAAGUUAAACUCUGAGCCCAACUGUGUAGAUCCAGUCUUGCCCAACAUGGAGCUCAUUCUGUUCAAGGAGCCAGAUUCUGUGUCUCAACACUCCGAUAACGAAAACGCAAAUGACGAGGGGGCCAGCAAGGUGUGGUACAUUCAGAAUGAAAUAGCUGAAGAGCGAGUACCCGCCUUCGUUGACCAGACCGUGAGCCUGGAAGAGCUUGAUCGGCCAACAGGAGUGCUGCAUGUGUGGUUUCUGCUGCUGGAGGGCCUGGCUGGGGCAGUGGCUACAUGUCCUCGCCGCUACCAACCGCACACAAUUGACACACUCUUUCAGAUGUUCAGAGGACUUCGAGAGGUUCCUGGGCCAGAAUUUGGUGUCUAUGCCGUGAACCACUUGCUCCUUCCUAUGCUCCAAGGAUGGUUGCGUCGAGCAUCAAAAACAUACCGUGGUUGGGAUGGCUUUGCCAACAACUUCAAGCAGUGCUGUGGCCUGGCGACAGAGCUGGUGGUGGAAUACCUGGGGGAGCUGUCAGCAUCUGGUGCUCUCACCCAAGUACGAGGUCUCAUGCUUAUGGUUCAUCAGCUGUUCCUGGUAUUAGCCGAGUGCAUUGCUCAACCAGUGGAGGUUGUGUCAAGGCUUGGAUGUGCCUGCAUGCGGCACCUGCUGGUGAGCGGCGGCCCUUCGCUGUCUCCCGACCUCUGGCGCGUGGCGACGUCGAGCGUGUGGCGGGCCACGCGCGCCACCCUGCUGUCGGCCCAGCAGCUGAUGGUGUGUUUCCACGCCGGCUCGGAGAACUUCUACGGCGACGUGGGGCAGGCCAAGGUGGCCGUCCGCAGAGACUGCACCCGCCAGGAGGCCGACCGCCUCAGGCAGCUCUGCCGGCAGGUGUUCCUUCUGGACGCCCAGCGCGCCACCAUGAGCGUUCCGUCGUGCCGGGCGGAGUCGGCGCCCACAGCGGUCGACCAGGAAUGCUCGUUCAUAUUCCUUCUACACCCGCCUGACAGGGACCACGUGCCGGCGACGGCAGCGCACCCCAGCAGCUAUGUCGUCCGGGUUCCGUUCCAGCAGCUGGUGGUGGGGCUUCUGUCUCACCAGAUUCUGCUGCAGACGCUGGCCACGCUGCUGCUCGAAAGCACGCGGUUCCGGCUGCCUGCCCUUGCCAGCGUGCUAGCUUGCCCCGCGUCACCCGCUCGCAGCAAGGAACAACCCGGGCAGUACCGCCUUGCCGGUCAGCUGGAAGUCAUACCCUUGGAACAGCUUCGCAGCCUGCUGUCCGUGCUCGAGGAAUCUUACAGCACGGCCACCGACUUCGACGAGAGGCCGGGCCUCAAGUUCUUGGUGCAGAAAGUCGCUCGCUGCGAAGUGGCCGCCAACCUAUUCAAGCAGGCGGCCAUCAGCUGGGCCAUUCAGGCCGUGGUCCUGCUCGAGCUGUGCUUGGGCCGACCCGCUGCUCAGCCGCUCACGAUGGACGUGGUGAACCGGCUCGUGGCGUCCGGGGGGUCUCCCGAAAGCGCCGGCGACGGAAAACGGGAUGGAGAAGAAGGCUCCAACGACGACCGAGGCGAUGUCAGCGAAGGUGACGACAGCGAAGGUGACGAAGAGCCCGAGCGAAGAGCACGCGCGGGAGGUUAUCGGCAAGUUCAAGACGAAAUCGAAGACUCGAAAGGAGAGGACGAAAAAGCCGAAGAGAAGAAUGACGUUGUCGGGAAGGAAGAAGAAACGCUGCAAUGCGAAGAAGCCACGAAGGAUGGCAGUGCUGUUGGUGCUUUCGAGGAGGAGAGUGAGGGGAAAGCAGACCAGGACGAGACGGCCCGGGACGAACCUGAGCGGGACGCAGCUACAGGCGAAUGUGUAAUUCAGGGUGAGAGCGCCAAUAAUGACGUAGCCCAGAUUGUCGACAGUCACGGCGAAAGAGGCGAGAACAUCGAGUGUGGAAAGAAAGAAGAGAGCGUGGAGAACUUAGGAAAGUGCGGGGAUGUAGCUCAUCCGGCACGAAAAGACGGCAACGUGUCGUCGUCAUCGUCUGAAGUAGGACCACUCGAAGACAGGGAAAACAGAGGAAAAGCACCGAUCGACUCCUUCGAUGAGGAUAAGUGCCAGUGGAGAAAGAGGAGGCGACGACGGUUGCGCAAAGAGAGGCACAUUUCCGAGUCCCUGAGCAUCAGGAGAGCUAGGAACAGCGUUAGCGAAGCUAGCGGCGAGGAGUGGAAUCCGUACCGGCGGCUACGGUCCCUUUUUGCCGAGCUCUGCGCGCAUUACGCGCGGGUAGCUUCUCCCGAGGCCAAGGAAGGCGCCAUCUUGGAUCGCGUGAGCGACCAGCCCAUCUUCUUCCUCAUGGCGCAACCGGAUACCCUCCCGGAAAUUUUGCCGGACAGACGCAUAUCGCGGGCAGAGAGCGCCGGCUCCGCUGCGGGGUCCGAGCCAGCGCCUCGCCACCCGAUUCCACUACUGGCGACCGACUCGUCGUCAGACUCUUCCGAGCCCGAGAUGGCGGCCGCGUCCGAGUCGGCGCUGCAGCCCGACCGCGUCUACUCGAUCGUCACCGAGCGCGCCAUCCAGUCCAUGGUGUCCGAGUACAAGCGGCGCAAAACGAGGCACUCGAUGCCGGCCCCCGUGCCAGCGGCACCGCCUUCGACAGCAGCAGGCACCCUGCGCCACCAGAGGUCGUCAGUAAGCAGCGUCGUUAGCAAGAGGUCCUCCCUGUCGAAGGGCGCGUCGAUGGGCUCCGAAGAAGGCGCAGCGCUAGCCGACAGCGUCGGCACUUCGCCUCCCCCACUGCCUACAGAGGUGGAGAACCAGCGCAGAAACUCCAUACUCAAGGAUGCAGAAGCUCACGUACAAGUCUGGUCCCAACUUGCCCAAUCUGUUCUUGAACUUCACCUUUCUCUUUGCGAGGCUGAGUUCUUGGCCCUAGUUCCUGUUUUCUAUGCAGGUGUUGAAGUGCUAAUCAAUUGUGGGCCUGCAGAGCCUGAGUUGAGGGCACUGACUGUGGACUGGCUGCAUCGCGUGGCUCUUAGCUUAGGCUUCAGUGGCAGCCUGACAUCUUCCAGCAGCUUGCGGCGACACAUCUAAAUAAUGGGAAACGAGCUUUGUGUGUUGGUGUUCUCUAUAAGGUGGCCUAAAUGUUGAGCCCAGCUUUAUUGUUACUGAAUUUUAUCCACUGGCAGCACAACUUCUGAAUGAGCCCUUAGCAAUCCUUUUAAAGAUUUCUGCCAACAUUGCUGCCUAUAGCUCACUUUGUGGGACCAUUUUGGCCUGCUUGAUCUUAAUUAGUUCUGCAGUAUUGUAACGAGACACCAAUAUGAAGCAUUGCUAUCUUUUUAUUUGUUUUAAGGUGACAGAUGCUUUCACAUGAUUAUGGCUUUGCUCAUUUUGGCCGCAAUGUGCUUGUCCUGCAGUUGAUACUACAAGCAGCUUGACUUAGUUCAAUGUAAAACACACAUGUAAAAAUUGAGUUUCACUGUAAUUUGAGGAAGAUCACACAAGCUCCAUUCACAUAACACACUUUGUUUAUGCAGUAAACAAAGGUUUCAGCACAUGA